AUUGAUAGGAGUCUUGGUUUGAUAUCGAGACGGGUAAAGGUCGUCUUGUGAAUUACGCUUCUCGUAAACGUCGCAGAACUGGUACCAAAAGGCAAUAUAACAAAAAAAUUCCAGCAUCAUCUGAAUUGAACAUGGAGGAUGUCACGCAAGCGACCAACUUUAUGCAACAGUGUCAGCUAGCGAAUUCUAACAAAGAGCAAAUGAUCCAUGCCUUUAAUGUCACAUAUGACGCCCGUCGUAAAUGGAUCACUAGCAAGGAAGCACCGUGUUGUAACUCUGUUAUUGCGAAAUACCCUCGUUUGCUAGACAUGCUAGAAUCAAUUCCUAUGGAUUUCAAGAAAAUUACCAACUGCGAGAUACAGUUAUUUAUGGAAAAAUGGCUCGCCAUUGAAGACAAAAUAAUGCAAGUUCUCCCAGUCAAUAUCCGCCAGGGUAUAGAAGAAUCUGAAAGUAACGUUCAAAAGAGUGCCAAAAUCUUCCAGUCGUUGGUUUCCCUACUACCUGCUUCACCGGGCAGAGGAAAAAAAGGACCGCGCCCUCAACGAGAAGAACUGGAGUUGCAACUUAUACAAUUUUUUCCGGAGGACACAAAUUUAAAUUCUGCCAUUAUAGCCGCUGCAUCCCGCGGGAUGAAACAACCAGGACUGAUUAUACUUGGAGUGGACCAAUUCUACCUUAAAUUAGAUGAGCAUGCAGUCAAACUUGGAGUUGGUUGCGUGUCAGAGGCCAUGGGAUAUGUUUUUGGGGCUUAUUUUGUGUUUAAUUGCUCAUAUCCGCCUCUGUGGCACAUGGUUUUUGGUUUUUUGGAAGAAGUUGUAAAUAUUCCUAAAGAACUUAGGAGCGUAAAAUCUUCAAUCACCAUUAGAAAUUUCGUGUCAAAACUUUCCAAAGUAUCUAAUUAGUUAGCAAUGUAUUAAGUUGGAACUGGGAAAAUACAAUGUCUUUGAGUAAAUUCA